AGGUAUGCACAGUCAGAGUGGUGAGAAAAGGAGAAUGUUUUUUUACAGAGAUGCCUUGAAGGCUUUGUUAAUACACUGACUGGAAUAAAUUCCUCAUGCGAGGAACUCAGGUGCCACACAUUUCCUACUGAGAGCCUUUUGAAACAGCCUGCCAGGUAAUAUUGUUUGGUCUUCACAUCUCCAUGUAAAACAGCUUUCAAAUUUUGUUGUGAUAGUCACUGUAUCAGAACCACUAUGAUGAGGUUUUCUGUUCUAAUCUGCUUAUCUGUGCUGCUGUUCAGCACUUCGGCCAAACCAUACGGGCCCAGGGAAAAAGUGUUUGGCAAAGCAGUUCAGGACACAGUUUUUGAUCAUCCCAAUGGGAAGAUGAUCCAUGGAAUUAAGGAGGUGGAGCCACCACAGGACAUGGAUAUUACAGAUUUUGACAUCGAUCCUAACAUGUUGAUUUGGAAAGCUGUAAAAGAAGAAAUUCAGCAGAAAUACGACAGACCUGAAGAGGAUAAAGAUGCUCUCUACCAUUCCUUUGGUAUAAAUCAUCCAGCUGACCCAAAACAGCAUGAAAACUACUUUCAGCCACUGGGACACGAUCAGGUACAGAAGUAUGACAAACCAGAAGAAGACAGGGACGAUCUAUACCACGGCAUGUUUGGUGUAGCUGUUGAACCAAUGAGCGGAGAGAAGGAUGUAAUUGGAGGUAAUGCCAGGCCCAUUUACUCAAGCCCUGAAGAGGACAAAGAUGACCUGUACCACGCAGAUCUCAAAGGACAUCAGUCUGACCAGCAGGCGAUGAAUAUAUUCCCCAUUCGCCCCAAAAGAGUGCACACAGAGCCAGAGGUAGACCUGGAUGACCUUUAUCAUAAGCAAUGAUAAAAUAAGUCUUGUUGUGUCUAAAGAACUGCUGGAUGUUAAUUCAUUAUGUGCAGUUUUAAUUAAAUGAUCUCUAUUGUUAAAAUCAUAAAAUGUGUCUUAGCAUGAUUUUUUUAGCAAUACCAGG